UGUCCGCCCUGAAGCAAAUAUCACAGUAGUGUGUGAAAUGCGCCGCUGAAUGUCCUUCUACAGCUCUUUGGAUGCGCAAUGUGCAUUUGUAGCUUUUGGAUGAUUCUAUGAUUUAUUGUGUUAGGUAUCUUUUUUAUCCAUAAAAAGGUUAGCAAUCUCUUGAAUACACGGUUAGACAGCUUUUUGUAGUCCAUCGGAGACCGUUGACUGAGUGAUCUGACAGCCAGGCCGGAUUGAAGCCAGCAGUAGCUGUCAGUGCGCGAAUCAAAGUUCCUAGCUGGCUUACUAGCAUGUCCGGCUAGUGGGGUUGGUCAGCAAUCAGGACAGGUUUGCACGGAUCGAGAAACAUGGUGCCUUUGGAUAAGUGAAGAAGAGAGACGGGCACCAAAACCAGUGUGGACAGGACUCCGGUACACUGGUUGCGGCUACAGUCUGAAGCUGGACCGGAGGGACCCACCAAGACUCAGAAGUGGCUGACCACAGCCCAAUUACGACCAGGCACUGUGCUGGCUGGCUGGCUGGUCUCAGAGCAGAACAGAGAAGGAAGCACCUUAGGAGGUUGAUGUAAAGGGGUUGUUGGAGGCUCUGUGGGCAUUCUACUGAAAUGUCAAUCAGAAGAGCAGAAGGGAUGUCCAUCGCCCAGGCCUUGGCCAUGACUGUGGCCGAGAUCCCCGUGUUUCUCUACUCCACCUUUGGGCAGUCCAUAUUCUCUCAGCUGAAGCUUUCUCCUAGUCUGAAGAAGGUGCUGUUCGCCACAGCUCUGGGGAGCGUAGCCCUGGCCCUCACCGCCCACCACAUGAAGAGACGCGGCAGGAAACGGAAACAGGCAACAGCUGUGAAAGAUGAGCAGAAGCAGGUGGGAAUACCAGAGGCGUUGAUCCGGUCAGGGAGACCGUCAUCUCUGAGGAGAGGUGGUCCGUUUCCCGGGCGACAGAUGAUGAGCCCCAGCACACGGAGCAACGAAACCAUGAGCGGCAUCUCUUCACUGGCUCCCAGCAAACACUCAAGCUCAUCCCACAGCAUAGCCUCUAUGCGAGUCCCGACUUCUCCGAACCAGUCGGCCAAUCCGUCGACUCCCUGGGAGGCAGAGCCUGUGGAGGAGGAGUCGGGAGCCAUGGGGGACGCAAACGCAGAGAACCUGUACAUCAUUGGUAUGGAGUUGUUUGAGGAGGCCCUUCAGAAGUGGGAGCAGGCCCUGAACAUCCGGCACCACACCCACUCCAAUGCCUCCAAAGCCAGUACCAGCCUAGCCCUGGAGGGGGCAGCGGCCUGCCCCAACCUGCCCACGGUAUGCCACAGAACUAUCGCACUCUCAACGUCUGAAUCACGUAACAAGGUCUUUGCCGAGAAGCUGGAGACCCUCCUGCACAGGGCCUACCACCUACAGGAGGACUUUGGUGCCACUAUUCCCCCAGAUAGCCUGCUGGCAGACUUUGAGAGUGAGGGAACACUCAUCCUGCCAAACUUGGAGAGUAGAAUGCGUGAAGACGAUGCCACUACAAUCACUUCUGACGAUUCCUUCUUCUCAGCAGCAGAAUUGUUUGACAACCUAUCUCUGGAGGUGUGUCAGCCUCUGAGGCCCGCUGCUCUUUACGACGAGGCUGUGUCACUGGUCCAGAACGGCAGCGUGCCCUGUCGAGAGCUCCGAACUGAGCUGCUAGAAUGCUACGGUGACCAAGACUUCCUAGCCAAGCUCCACUGUGUGAGACAAGCCUUCCAGGUUUUGUUGUUGGACGAAACUCACCGGACGUUCUUCAUGGAGACCGGCAAGCAGAUGAUCACAGGACUCAUGACCAAGGCAAACAAGAGUCCCAAAGCCUUCCUGGAAACCUAUGAGGACAUGCUUCUCUACACCCAGAGAGAGGAGACCUGGCCAGUCAGCAGGAUGGAACUGGAGGGGCGAGGGGUGGUGGUUAUGAACUUCUUUGACAUCGUGCUGGACUUCAUCCUGAUGGAUGCCUUUGAUGACCUGGAGAGCCCGCCCUCGUCCGUUGUGGCCGUGCUCAGGAACCGUUGGCUCUCUGACAGCUUCAAGGAGACGGCCCUGGCUACUGCGUGCUGGUCCGUUCUGAAGGCCAAGCGGCGUCUGUUGAUGGUUCCAGACGGCUUCAUCUCCCACUUCUACGCCAUAUCAGAACAGGUCAGCCCCGUCCUGGCCUUUGGCUUCCUGGGGCCUCGACAGCACCUCAGUGAGGUGUGCACCAUCUUCAAGCAACAAAUAGUGCAGUACCUGAAAGAUAUGUUUGACCACGACAAGGUGCGCUUCACCUCGGCCCAGUCGUUAGCCGAAGACAUCCUGAGCCUGUCCCACCGCCGCAGUGACAUCCUGCUGGGCUACCUUGGCAUAGACAGCCUGCUGGAGCCCAAUGGAGCCCUACCCCAAGGAGACACAACACCGGGCCCCAGCCCCUCCAACCACCACUGAGACAUGGGUAGUGUUCAUUUGGGAUGUUAUGAAACGGGGAGGUACUACAUGAAUUUGUCCAAUAAGAACAUUGAUUUUCAUUUUCAGUUAGAAAGUGGUUUGCUACUGUGUGGCAUAAUGAAUAUGACCCUGUAUCUGACUUAGCUGAGCUGGAAUGAACUGGGUUGGUCAAAGCUGGACUUAACAAGCAAGAUUUAGGAGGGUUGUUAAUUCACAUGCUUGAACUGCAGCAUCACCCAGUCUGUGGUUCUACACCCUAAACAUAACAGCCACCAAAUCGAACAGAACCCGACUUGUAUUGGUCCUUACGUGAAAGAGGGAUGUUUUUGUUCUAGCUCUCCUCGUACAUUUUAUCAUCUGAGUUGAAUCUGGAGUUGUUUCAGUCAAUACUAGUUAUCCCUUUUUCCAAAUGUGUGAUGAACCAACAACCAUCCGGCAAGAAAAUGUUUGUUGUGUCUAUGUAAUGGAUGUACAGUAAGUGUGUGUUCUGAGGCAGGGGAUCCGAACCGAUCCCCUCUAUUAUCCCGACACCCUUGGCCAAUUUGAAGGCGUGCCCUGGGAUGUGAUGCUGCAGGACUCGUUGCUUCCGUCUCCUCUAUCCAUUGAUUGAUCAUCCAUUUCAUUUAUCGUAUUUAUUCCAAUAGUGUUAGGUGCCGCAUUGAUGAAAAAAAGCACCUAUUCAUUCAAGAGAAUGUAAUACAAAUGUCUACUGUACAUAAGGUCAGGCAGUGCAUUGGACAGUCAUUAACUUGUAUGUACAGAAAAAGUGCACAGAUAUUCCUAUCUUGUCCUCAUACUUAAAAUGGUCAGUAUCGAGGUACUGUGGGGGUAAAAAAAGAUGCCAAGCAGGGGCAUUCCACCCCAGAAAUCCUAAUAAUAUACUGUAGCAUAUACCUCGGUGACAAACUGACGUGUGACAAUGCAGGCUGAAUUUAGGUUACGCUUGGAGAACAGGAAAUACACUACCGUUCAAAAGUUUGGGGUCACUUAGUAAUGUCCUUGUUUUUGAAAUACAAGCACUUUUUUGUUUCCAUUAAAAUAACAUCAAAUUGAUCAGAAAUACAGUGUAGACAUUGUUAAUGUUGUAAAUGACUAUAAUCGCUGGAAUCGGCUGUUUUUUAUUGGAAUAUCUACAUAAGCGUACAGACGCCCAUUCUCAGCAACCAUCACUCCUGUGUUCCAAUGGCACGUUGUUAGCUAAUCCAAGU